AUGUAUCGCACAAAUCUUUUUGGGAUGUCGAAAGCCUUCAUUGGAAAGCCUGCCCCCGAGUUUGAUGCUCAGGCAGUCGUGGAUGGCGACUUCAAGCAAGUCAAGCUCUCAGACUACAAGGGUCACUACGUAGUUCUCUUCUUCUAUCCUUUGGAUUUCACUUUUGUUUGCCCAACUGAGAUCAUUGCCUUUUCUGAUCGUUUUGAAGAGUUCAAGAAGCUUGGUGUCACUGUGUUGGCCUGCUCGACCGAUUCAGUCUUCAGCCAUCUUGCUUGGAUUCAAACCCCAAGAAAGCAUGGAGGUCUUGGUGACAUGAACAUCCCCGUGAUUGCUGACACCAACCAUCAAAUCUCGAAGGACUACGGUGUCUUGAAGGAGGAUGAGGGAAUUGCUUUCCGAGGACUUUUCAUUAUUGAUCCCAAGGGAAUUUUGCGCCAAAUUACCAUCAAUGACUUGCCUGUCGGACGAUCUGUUGAUGAAACUCUUCGAUUGGUUCAAGCCUUCCAAUUUGUUGACAAGCACGGAGAGGUCUGCCCAGCCGGUUGGACUCCUGGCAAAGACACGAUCAAGCCAAACGUUAAAGGAAGCAAAGAAUUCUUCGAGAAACAC